AUACUGAAAGUCAUCGCGGGGAGGAACUCUUCAAAGCUUUUGUAUCUCACAAAGAUCUUGGCUUUUUCAUUGUGUUGCUGCAUUCCAGUGACCUUGCGGGUUGCCAUUAUUUGCUCUGAACGUGCGCGUUGUCAAUCGUCCUGAUUUUUAACUGGUUUUGUCCGUUUGUAGUAUCGUGUUUAAAAAAUAUCCAGAAUUUUAAUUUGCAAUAAGAUUUAAAAGCAAUGGACUACACUGGAAAACCAGUUCGCUCCUACCCCAGAAUGUCCGACGAUCAGCAGCAGCCAGAGUUCAGUGGCGGUCGAAUUCGAGCACGUGGCUUCGUAGGGGCGUCACGUGGUGGACGGAACGGUAACGGGCGGCCCAGUGGAGGUGGCGGAGGAUGGCCGGGCUCGGAACAGCACCGCGGCCAGAUUGGCAGCUUUCAGCACCGCCAGCAACAGUUUCAGAACUAUGGUGCCGGUCGGUCACCGGGACCACAGUCGCCUUACGGCGGGGGUGAAGCUGGUCCGGUUGAGGAGGUUUCCGCGCUGGUGAGGCAGUCGUCUCCGAGUGUGCACAGAUCUUCGGAGAGGGCGUUCCAGCGGGGAGGUGGUGCGGCGGGUGGACGGGGUGGGAUGCGCGGGAAUCGGUACCUGCCGGAGAUUGUGAUUACGCGGAAGCCUGGGGACGCGCAGAGCAAGCAGGGGAAGUUGGGGACGCCGGUUUUACUACAGACGAACUAUUUCAAGGUGAUACGGCAAGGGGAUGAGCGGUUGUAUUUGUACCGGGUUGAUUUUACGCCGCCGGUGGAAACGAGGAAGGCCCAGAAUUCGAUCAUGUUCACGCUGAAGCCUCAAAUUGGGGGCUAUUUGUUUGACGGAACACAGCUGUUCACGCGGAACAAGUUGUGCGAUGAAGAGAUUCAGUAUAACACAAAGUACAACGCGACCAAUGACGACUACACGGUGAAGCUGCGUAGAGUUGGAGUGGUCGAAGGGACGAACGAGGCCGCCUUUCAGGUGUACAACCUGAUGAACCGCAAGGCCAUGGGAGGUCUCAAGCUGCAGCUAAUCGGGCGCAACUUUUUCGAUCCGGACGCGAAGGUCAACCUGGCACAGUACAAAAUUGAUCUCUACCCGGGCUACAUUACCAGCAUCCGACAGCACGAGACGGAUGUCCUGAUGUGUGCCGAACUGACCCACAAGGUAAUGCGUACGGACACGUGCUUCGACCUGUUUGAGAAGUGCAUGCACCAGCGGGGCAACUUCCAGGAUAACUACAAGCGCGAGAUCAUCGGGUCGACCGUAAUGACCACGUACGGGAGCAACAAAACGUACGUCGUGAACGAUGUUGACUUCAGCAUGUCACCGCAGAGCACGUUCGAGACGAAAAAUGGCCCGAUUACGUUUUUGCAGUAUUUCCGCGAUCGGUACAACGUAACGAUCAAGGACAAGGGCCAACCGAUGUUGAUUUCGCGCUCGAAGGCGCGGGAUAUCCGGGCGGGUAUGCCGGAGUUGAUCAUACUGGUUCCGGAGCUGUCGCGAAUCACUGGGCUGUCGGACGAGAUGAGGCGUGAUUUUCAAUUAAUGCGCGGCCUUGCGGAGCACACGCGCCUCGCCCCGGACCGUCGAAUCGCCCGCCUGGAGGCUUUCAACCAGAGGCUGCAGUACUGCAAGGAUAGCGCCGACAUCUUCCGCUUCUGGAAAACCGAACUGGAUCGACGGCUGGUGGAGGUGCAGGGACGCGUCCUCCCUCCGGAAACGAUCUUCUUCCAUCCCGAGAGUGAGCAAUAUAAAAUGUCAGCCGGGGACACGGCCGAGUGGCAGAUGGCAUUCCGGAACAAUCCGAUGUUUCUGACGGUAUCGCUGACCAACUGGGCCAUCGUAAUUCCCGGCAACAAUCAGAAGAAUGUGAACGACUUCUUGGGCUGUCUAUACCAGGCAUCGCGGCAGAUGCAUUUCCUGGUUGAGGAGCCUCAAUUCGUUCCGAUUCAUAACGAUUCCCCGGUGGUCUAUAUGGAGACGUUGAACCAGCUGGUUCAGAGGGACCCCCAGCUGAUCAUGUGCAUUGUAACAAAUGACAAAGUGGACCGGUACGCGGCCAUCAAGAAGAAGUGCUGUGUUGAUCGAGCCGUACCGACGCAGGUAAUCAAGUGCAAGACAAUCACUCCGAAAGGUGGUAACCCACGCACGCUGAUGUCCGUCGCGACCAAGGUGGCGAUCCAGCUCAACUGUAAACUCGGUGGAAUCCCGUGGAUUGUCAAGAGUCCGCUGUUGUCGGUGAUGUGCCUCGGCUUCGACGUCUGUCGUGACACCAAAGACCGGAACAAGACGUACGGCGCGUUGGUAGCGGCCAUGUAUCACGGUAAGCACCGUUACCACCCGAACUUCUACUCGACCGUGAACCAGCACGCUAACGGAGCAGAACUGUCCGACUCACUGGCCCUGAACGUCGUCAAGGCACUGCGGGCGUAUCAAAAGCAGUUCGAAAACAAUCUCCCCGGCCGGAUCGUUGUGUACCGGGACGGAGUCGGCGACGGAGAUCUGCAGUACGUGCACGAGUACGAAGUGGGCGCCAUCAGGGACAAGAUUGAAUCUCUCUACAAAGCCUGUGGCUUGGAGGCCAAGUUCUGCUUCAUCGUCGUGAGCAAGCGCAUCAACACGCGCCUAUUUAACCGCAGGCAGAACCCCGUGCCCGGAACCAUCGUAGACGACGUGAUCACACUUCCUGAACGCAACGACUUCUACCUGAUUUCCCAGAAUGUCCGCCAGGGCACCGUCUCGCCCACCUCGUACAACGUGCUCUACAACGGGGUUGGGCUGGACGCGGACAAGCUGCAGCAGUACUCGUUCAAGCAGACGCACAUGUACUACAACUGGUCCGGUACGGUGCAGGUGCCAGCCGUGUGUCAGUACGCGCACAAGUUGGCAGCCCUGGCUGGGCAGUACCUGCACCAGCCGCCGAGCACGUGGCUGGAGAAGAAGUUGUACUUUUUGUAAGACAAACUAGAAAUCUCAUCGCAACCUGACGAAUCAAAAGAUCUUUUUUAUAUAUGUUUUGCAUGUAUUGUUUAAAAACACAGUGUCAUAUGUGUUGAUUUUAGGAAUAAAGAGUUUUUAAGUGGAAA